AUGAACAAUCUAUUUAAUCGUAAUAAAACUUUUCGUCCGCAAAAGAGUCAUAGCCAUGGAACUAAGCGCUAUGAUCUCCAUAAACACGCACAAGCUACGUUAGGAAAUGGUGAUAUGCGAAAUGCCGUAGCACUUCCUGAAGGAGAAGACUUGAACGAGUGGCUUGCUGUUCAUACGGUGGACUUUUUUAAUGAGAUUAGUAUUGUGUACGGCACCAUUCUAGAGUUUUGUACGUGUGAGAAUUGCCCUGAGAUGCGAGCUGGACCCAAGUUUGAAUAUUUUUGGAAGGAUAAUAACAAGUAUAAAAUACCAGCAAAGCUUGCGGCUCCAGAGUAUAUUGACAUGCUCAUGACGUGGGUCGAGGAGCUACUAAGUGACGAAACGCUUUUUCCAACGCGUGAAGGAACGUCGUACCCUCGUUGCUUUCAAUCGGUUGUAAAAAACAUCUUUCGUCGGCUCUUUCGAGUAUAUGCACACGUGUACUACUCACAUUUUGACAAGAUUGUCAGCAUUGGUGCCGAAGCGCAUCUGAAUUCGUGUUUUAAACACUUUAUGGCCUUUGUCACACAGUUUGACCUUGUUGAUAAACGUGAGCAAGAGCCGCUAAACGACUUGAUCAAGAAAUUAAUUCAUUAG